AUGAAAAAAAAAGAAUGUACUAAAAGUAGAAUCUAUCCAAGGAAUACAGAAUCAUGUGAAAUUGAAAUCAAUUCCGAAGAUAAUAGCAUAAUACAAAGUGAUUCAGAUAAACUUGAAAGUCUUAAUGAUCCCAAUAAUAAUAAUGUCUCAAUGAAUAAAAUUGACUUGGAAAAACUUACAGAUUCUGAAAUUAUGCCCCAAAAGAGAUUAUUUAGUUUUUUCUUUAGUAGAAAAAUACCGACACUCCCAUCAAAUAAUGAAAGAAAGGUUUAUCCACUAUACCAUACCAAUGUUAUAAGUUAUAUUUUAUUUUUGUGGGUGUUACCUAUUCUUAAAGUUGGUUAUAAAAGAACUUUGCAACCAGAUGAUUUGUUUAAACUGGAUGAUAAAUUAAAAACAGAAACCAUCUACGAUAGAUUUGCCAAAAAUUGGGAGCAAGAACUGACUAUUUACAGUAAAAAAUUUACAAAAAAAAAUCCCAAUGCUACAGAAAAAGAAAUACUACAAUACCUAAAAACAAACAAGUAUCUGCUAAUGAAAGUUAUACUAAAAACAUUUCGUACCAUGUUUGGGCUUUCAGUUUUGUUGUGUAUAUUAGCUGCCUGCUCAAUGAUGUUUAAUCCAAUGUUAACAAAAAAAUUAAUAUAUUUUGUUGAAGAAAAAGAGAUUCUUCCUCACCUACAUGUUAACAAAGGCGUUGGUUAUUCCAUUGGUAUCUCUUUACUUAUGGUGAAUAAUAAUAUAAUGUUAAGCCACUGUUUACAAAAUGCUAUGAUAGCAGGAGCGCAAAUAAGAACUGUUCUUGGAAAGGCUUUAUUAUCAAAAUCAUUGAAACUUUCCCUUGCGUCUCACAACAUUUAUACUGACGGAAAGAUUAAUUCUAUCAUGGGUACUGACUUGAACAGAUUGGAAGUCGCCGUGGCAUAUCAACCCAUGCUUCUUUCCAUUGUUCCUCCGUUGAUUAUUGCCCUAGUACUAUUACUUGUCAAUCUUGGUCCCAUUUCUUUGGUUGGUUUAGGUUUAAUUGUACUAACUUUGCUGUUCAACAUGUGGGGUUUCAAAAAAUUAUUAAAGUUGCGUUUAAAGGCUAAUGUUUUUACUGAUGCUAGAGUUACAUUGAUGAGAGAAAUUAUAAAUAGUUUAAAAAUGAUUAAAUACUAUGCUUGGGAAGAAGCUUAUGAGGCCAAUGUUCAGAAAGAACGAAUAAAAGAAAUUAAGAAAAACAGCAAAAUGCAAUAUAUAAGAAAUUUUUUUACCGCUUUGUUUUUAAUAUUACCAAACUUAUCUUCGAUGAUUGUUUUUUUAGCUUUGUAUAAACUCAAGGGUCAUAAUAAGAAUGUUGACGCUAUUUUCUCAUCUUUAACUCUUUUCCAGGCGGUUUGUCUACAGAUGGUUUAUGUGCCAAUUUCCUUAGCUACUGGUAGCAAUGGAUAUUUGGCCCUUGGCAGGGUCCAAGAAUUUUUAUUGGCCGAGGAAGAAACUAAAAAUAAAAGCCCCUUGCCCUGCGAGAAUGAAAGAAAUGCUUUGGAGCUGGAGAAUUGUUCCUUUGAAUGGAACUUGGGAGAAACUAGCAUGCCCACUAAUAUAGACGUUCCAUUACCGAAUGAGGCACUAGAGGCUAGUGUUGGUGGUGACAACAAUGAUAAAACAGUGCGAACUCCUUUCAAUGGAUUCACAAAUAUCAAUCUUGAGAUCGAAAAGGGCGAAUUUAUUAUUGUGACCGGUAGUAUUGGUACGGGUAAAUCCUCCUUAUUAAUGGCAUUGGCGGACAUAAUGCAGCAAGUAAAUCCUUUGGGAACAUUUAAGAAAACAGGAUCACUGUUAUUGUGUGGUAAUCCAUGGAUUCAAAAUACUACGAUUAGAAACAACAUUUUGUUUGGCUCUUCAUAUGAACCGAGCAGAUACGAUAAAAUAGUCGAUGCUUGUUGUUUAAGUCCUGACAUGGAAAUGCUACCUAAUGGCGAUUUAACAGAGGUCGGUGAACAUGGCUUAACUUUAUCUGGCGGUCAAAAGGCACGUAUUAAUUUGGCUAGAAGUUGCUAUAGAGAAAGCGAUAUUUAUUUGUUCGAUGAUGUUUUAAGCGCUGUUGAUGCUAAAGUUGGCAAACAUAUAAUGCAAAAAUGUAUGAUGGAAUUACUGGAUGGUAAAACAAGAAUUUUGGCUACACAUCAAUUAAGUCUGAUAAAAUAUGCCUCUAGGGUAAUUUUUUUAGGUGUUGAUGGUACCUUUAAUAUCGGCACAGUAGCUACUUUGAAGGAAAAAUCCUUGGAAUUCAAUAAGUUGAUGGCUUUUGUUCAACCUAACAUUAAAAAUAUAGUCAAUAGCACUGAUAAAAAUGAAACUGAACUUGAAAGAAAUGAGGAUAUGGAUGAUACUAAUGAAGAGACGCUAGGAAAUGAAAAAAAUCAACACCAACACCAACACCAACACCAACACCAACACCAACACCAACACCAACACCAACAACAUGAUAUUUCAAAGAAAGAGGAGAGAGCUAUUAAUGGAAUUAAAUUUGCAGUAUAUGAACAAUAUCUUAAAGAGGGAUGUGGUCGAUUUGCUGUUGUUGUUGUUUUAAUAUACUGUUCUUUGGUUGCCUUUACAUGUUUCUCCAAUUUAUUUACUACUGUUUGGUUAUCCUUUUGGACAGACCAUUAUUUUAACAACAGACCUGAAGGUUUCUAUAUGGGUAUGUAUGUAUUUUGGGUAUUUAUUACAUUUUUACUUAUGCUUUGUCAAUUCACUACUUUAUGUGUCCUAGGUAAUAAAGCUAGUAAGAAUUUAAAUUUAAAGGCUGUUAAAAGAUUGUUGCACACCACCAUGACAUAUAUUGAUGAAACACCAGUAGGUCGUAUUUUGAAUAGGUUUACUAAGGAUACAGAUACAUUGGAUAAUGAUUUAGUAGAGCAAGUAAGAUUACUAAUCUAUCAAUUUGCCAAUUUUAUUGGUAUUAUAGUUUUGUGCAUUGUAUAUUUGCCCUGGUUUGCCAUUUUUGUUCCCUUUUUAGUCCUGGCUUUUGCUUUUAUUGCUGAUUAUUACCAAAGCAGUUCAAGAGAAGUUAAGCGUUUAGAAGCUGUUCAAAGGUCAUUUGUUUUUAAUAAUUUUAACGACGUUUUAGGCGGUAAACAAACCAUCAAGUCUUUUAAAAUGGAAAAAAUGUUUUUAAAAAGAAAUGACGUGUUGAUGGACAGACAAAACGAGGCAAGUUACCUGACUGUGGCUAUUAGAAGAUGGUCAACAAUAUCUAUGAAUAUGACUACGAGUGCUUGCUCGUUAAUUGUUACCAUGUUAUGUAUCACCAGGCAAUUUAAUGUUAGUGCAUCAAGUACUGGUGUCAUGCUAAGUUAUGUAUUGCAGUUGCCAAACGUUUUGAACGCAUUAUUAAGGGCAGUUACUGAAGCUGAAAAUGAUAUGAAUAGUACAGAAAGAGUGGUUGAAUAUGCUACAAAUCUGCCACAGGAAUCUAAAUAUCGCAUUCAAGAAUUAAAACCAAGGGAGAGUUGGCCUGAAAAUGGUGCUAUUGAUUUUGAAAAUGUUUGUUUAAGAUACAAGCAUGGGUUACCCUUAAUUUUGAAAAACAUUGAUCUGAAUAUUAAAGGUGGUGAAAGAAUAGGUAUUUGUGGCAGGACUGGUGCUGGUAAAAGUACGAUUAUGACAGCAUUGUAUAGAUUGGUAGAAUUGGUUAGUGGUAGAAUUGUUAUUGAUGGUAUAGACAUUAGUAAGAUUGGAUUAUUUGAUCUGCGUAGUAAGUUGACCAUUAUUCCACAAGAUCCUGUCUUGUUUAGAGGUAAUAUAAGGAAAAACUUGGAUCCAUUUGGUAAUUAUCCAGAUAGUUUAUUAUGGAAUGCCUUGGCUAGAAGUGGUGCCAUUGAGCCGGAAGAGUUACAAAAUAUAGAAUCAACACACGAUGCCAAUCCCUCUGUUUUGCACAAGUUCCAUUUAGAUCAAAUCGUUGAAGAGGAUGGGCAGAAUUUUUCUCUAGGUGAAAGACAGCUUUUAGCUUUAUCAAGAGCUUUGGUAAGAAAAUCAAAGAUUUUAAUUUUAGAUGAGGCAACAAGUAAUGUUGAUUAUGAGACAGAUGCCAAAAUUCAAUCAAAGAUAGUUAAGGAAUUUUCUGAUUGUACUAUUCUAUGUAUAGCUCAUAGGCUAAUUACUAUUUUAAAUUAUGAUCGUAUUCUAGUAUUGGAACGUGGUGAGAUUGCUCAGUUUGAUAAGCCGAUAAAUUUGUUUAAAAAUGAAUCUGGAAUAUUUAGACAAAUGUGCGAAAAGUCUGGUGUUACAAUUGAAGAUUUUACAAAAUGUAAGACUCAAAAAGAGGGAAAAGUGGUAUAA